AUGUCCUGGUUGAAGCGACGAGCAGGCCCACUGAUUGUGCUCGGCUCUUCAGCGCUUGGCGGUGCAGCAUAUCGUCUCGCCAGACCCGCCGAUGCGUCCGAUGCGACCUUGAACCCCCACACCUUCACGCAGUAUACACUUGUAAGCAAGGAGCCCGUCUCAUCGACCAGUGCCAUCUUCACACUGCGCAAUAGCAAUGGCGUCUCAGAUGCGGAAAGCAUCAAGGAGGUAUCGAAGCGCAGCGUUUGGAGCGUACAGAUCAAGCAACCGCAACUACAGAUUGCCCGCGCAUACACACCAUUGCCUCGCACGACCGAUAGUACCAAGACGGGCGACGAUGACCUGGGAGGUAUGAGGUUACUUAUACGCCAGGAGACGGGCGGCGAGGUCUCAACCUACCUGCACCGUCUCCCAGAGCAAUCGACCAUCGAACUGCGAGGGCCCAACACGGAGCUCAAGCUCCCCCGCGACAUCAUAGAGGUUAUAUUUCUAGCAGGUGGAACAGGCAUAGCACCCGCGAUGCAAGUCGCUCAGGCACUAGGGCGGCGGACGGGCAGCAAGAUGCACAUAUUGUGGGCAAACCGGAAGCGCGAAGAAUGCGUGGGCGGUGUCAGUGACGACAGUGGACAAGAUCAGUAUGGCCAGGAUCGAAUAGGAUGGUGGAAGAGUCUGUUCGGCUCUCCCGUGCAAGCACCGCUCGUGGAACCACCGAGUGCUACGGAGAAGGGUGCCAUUGUGACCGAGUUGGACACGCUCAAGAAGCGGAGCGAAGCCGCCACAAAAGGCUUGACUGUCAACUACUACGUCGACGAGGAAAAGACCUUUAUUCAGCCCGGCGAAAUAGAACAAAAGAUACGGCGUCGCAGAGAGGAAGCCGGGUCCCGACUGAUCAUUGUUUCAGGCCCGGAUGGUUUCAUCGAAUACUGGGCCGGCAGGAAGCUCUGGGCUAAUGGCACCGAAGUUCAAGGCCCAUUGGGAGGUCAGUUGAGCCGCAUGGACCUAGGUGAGUGGAGAGUGGUCAAGUUAUAA